AUGGCGGACAAGUAUAUCCUCCGCAUCACGGCGGGCCCCGGCUACGACGAGGACACCCACGAAGAGGUGCCCGUCAACAAGCCGCACCCGCUGCAGAUCCAAAGCCCCGCCGCCGACAUCGAGCUCAACGUCAGGAUACGCAACUACCAGGGCCUGCCCCGCGGAUCCCCUUCCACGUCUAGCUACUUCUCGACAAAGCCCCAUGCCUACAACAAGGACCAGUACAGCAUUUCCCUCCGAUUCACCCCGCACAAGCCUUCGUCACGUCAGUCCGCCGGCUCGGACGCGAGAUGCAGUGGCAUCAAGGGCACCGACCUGCAGUUUGGCAACGACUUCGACCGCCCUAUUCGCGACAAGCUGCCACCCGGCUUCAGCACCGCCAUGAGCAUCGUCAAGUGGUGGAUCGAUCCCGGCCUCGAUGGCGACGCCUACGCCGACAAGCCCUACCUCUACGGCCCGGCCCUUAGCUCCUUCAACGUCCUUCAUGUCGGCCCCGGCGAAUGCAAUGAAACCAAGGGGGGCCUGUGCUUCAACGAGGGAGGGGACGAGCAGGGCUCUCGCUCCCGGAGCUCCAUUGGCAUGCCUCGUGACAGCAAGGGCCGCAUGAAGUGGGCGUUGCGAGACGCAAACAAGGCCAAGUGGGUGUUUCAAUAUGGCCAGACCUAUGGCCUCGACUUCUUCAACCCAUAUCUCGACUUUGCCAACUUGGCCCUCAGGCUGCCGGGAUUUCAACUUCCCAUCGUCAAGUACUGGGACGGCCAGGGUUUGAGGCGCUCACAUCAGCUUAGAUAUGUCCUUCGAAACAAGGAUACGGGCGAGGUUUAUCUCGUCAUCCUCUUUACCCUCUAUCUCAAGGAGGACGUCAACGAAGACGGAACCCUCAAAGAGGGUGCGGCAGAACGGGUGGCCGAGGCUGCCCCCGGAACCUUCAUCGGAGAAAAGGCCUUCAGCCAGCACAAUGAGAUACGCACCCUGGAAGGGCAGCCCUUGCCGCGGUACGCCAAGGCCGGCGCUGGGAACUACCCCGACGACAUCGACUAG